UAAUGGAUAAGCUCCACAAUGGAUUUGAACUGGACAUUGAUAACUGUGGCAAAACACUUUUAUUCAACGGAGAAGAUGAUCACAAGGUCCCUUCGACAUCCAGACCACUUUUGGAUGGUGACCUGUUCAGAGUUGUGGGAAGAAUGAUUGGACAUUCAUUUAUUAAUGGAGGUCCACUCUACUCAGGACUUAGUGCAGCUUUCUUCCCCCUUUUAAGUGGCAGUAAGGAUGAUACUCCAAUUCUGGAAUUGAAGGACUGUCCUGAUACAGAUGUGAUUGAAGUUGUGUCCCUUCUGGAAAGCCAGAAUGAACUAAAUCCGAACGAAAUGGACAGUAUCAACAAUCUGGCCAUCAGUUGGGACCUGCCAGAAGUCAGCAACAUCAACAGAAGAUGGUUGGCAGAAACCAUUCUCUACCAUGGGGUUAUUGGUCGACGUGAAAAACAGAUCGCACAGCUGCGGAGAGGACUCAAAGACACUGGUGUUUUGAGAAUGAUAAAAGAACAAACCAGUUUAGCUGCAGUACUGUUUCCCAGAUCUUCUGCACUAGUGCUGGAACCAGAGGUCUUUUCAGUGGCUUCAACCUGCCUCACAACACUAAAACUUCCUUUAAGAUGCAGAACCUUUCUUGCAUUUACACAAGCCAUGAGAGCAGCAGUUUCAUCCACAAGGUUUGGCUUUGGCCUUGUCUGA